UAAAAAUAGUAUUUUAGCGCAUGUCUACUUGCACUAGAUAUUUGUUUCUAUGGUUAUAUACAUUGGAUUUUGCCUUACAUUCGAUAAGCCAUUUUCUAAUGGAAGAAUUAAGGUUUCCUCAAGAAAAUGUAGCAAAGAGUAGUCCAUUGUUCACUAAAGUACCUCCAACGGCACCUCCUUGGUCACCAAGUAUUUUUAAUGGAAUUCCUGAACAAUUCAGUCGUUCACCACAGCAUUCAGCUUCGAGUAAAUCUAAAGUUCCUCUUCGAAAAUUAUACGUAGCUACAGUUCAUCCUCAAGUAGAACCUUGGCAACAAUCUUCGAGCAAUUCUUGGCAGAAUGCUCAAUUAGCAAGACUGUAUCCUCAUACUCCACGUUUGGAUCUACCUCAAGAAGCUCAAUCACCGAAUUCUGCAACACCAUCCGAAAUAGACUACGAAGGAAUUCCUUUAGAUUUUAUGGAUAAAAUUCCUGGAUAUGAAUACGUUACAUUUACUUAUUUUACAUAUAGUCUAUUUCUCUGCUUAUCUAGUUUUGAGUAUAGGUUAGAGAGUUUUACAGAGAAACGUCAAGUUGUAUGGGUUAUUGAACCAUUCUCUGGAGGACUUAUAAAUGAGGACUCAUCAGGAAAACCACCCCAACCAUGGGACAUACCAUGCGCUCCACCAACAUACUUCUUAAACUUCACUACGCACAUUAUCAUUCCUUGUACUUUAUCCAUAAAAAAUUGCAAUACAUGCAAUGGAGGAGGCCAAAAAUAUUGCUAUGCAUGCACUGGAAAUGGUUGGGAAAAUUGUUAUUAUUGUCAAGGGCUUGGAUAUAAAGUUCAACUUCAGGGUGAAUCUGAGAAAUGUCAGCAAUGUUUAGGAACUGGAAAAAAAAAAUGCUGGAAAUGUAAUGGUGAAAGCCUGUUGAUCUGUAAACUCUGUCAAGGUUCAGGACAAAUUAAAUGUUAUAUACAGUUAAUAGUUUCAUGGAUAAAUCAUAAAGAUGAAGAGAUAUCAGAGGAACCAACUAUAUCAAAGGAGAAAUUAAGAACUGUAUCUGGACAAAUUAUAUUUCAGGAUAUCCAUCAU